CCCGUCCUAACCCACCCCCGCACAAAUACAUUGAGAUCUCGCAAUGUCGACCAUUGAAUCCGCGCCUAAGGCCGCUCCCAAGUCUGGAUUGGCCUCCCUCGAAGCUUCUGGUCAAGCUCCUACUCCUGCCUCCCCCUUCGUCGAAGGUUUCGAACAAUGGGUCAAAGACUUCAACAAGUACGAAUCCAUGCUUAGCGAUGUCGCCAAGAUUUCUCUCAACCCCAAGUACAAGGAGGAAUUGAACACUGUCGAGCAAUGGUUCAAGGAGACCACGAUCACUGAGCGAACCGCGACAAUGUACCACCUCCUCCAGAUUUCCACCCAGGAUCAGCUCCGUUUCUUCACUGGUGUUAUCCAGCGUCUUCACAAGCCGGAUCAGCCAGUCAAUACCCCUGUUUCUGCCGAGCUCUCUGGCAAGCCCAAGCUCGCUAAAUUGACUCGCCCGCCCAGCUUGAACCUUCCUAUGCCUGGUUCCCCCUCCACCCCCACUCCCCUCACCGCCACCAAGGAGUCGGCCGUGGACGAGCGGAGCCACCUGUCGAACCUCCAGGACCCUAGUACCUGGACCAACGCUACCAACGCUGGGAAUACUCCCCUCCUUCCCUUGUUCCAGAAGACCGGAGAUGGUGCUGCCCCAACGUCUGCUGCAGUCCCAGGCUUGAGCACCAUGAACCCCUACACUCUCAACAUGCUCGCCAACGCAGGUCUUUCCCCUGAAGCUCAGCUCCUCGCAGUCCAGUUGAUCAUGAGUGGCUUGGUCCAACCAACUGGCGCAGGAGGCGCUGCCGCUUCUGCCAAACCUGCAAAGAAGCAGCCUGGCGUCGCCAACUGGCGCAACACACCCACAAGUGCCCGUUAUCCUGUCAGCGCUUUGCGUAGCAGCGGUCUCCGCGCUUCAGCUUUGAAGAGCGCUGGCCUGAAGAGCGCCGGUCUGGGUGCUGGGUUGGAAAGCCCUGCUUUGGAUUCUCCAAAACCCGAAGACUUUGAACCUGAGAUGUUGAACGACAUCCCAGGCUGGCUCCGAAGUCUUCGACUCCACAAGUACACCAGCUGCUUCGACGGGCUAUCUUGGCAAGAAAUGAUCUCUCUCGACGACGCCGCUUUGGAGGCAAAGGGUGUCGCUGCACUCGGUGCCAGGCGUCGACUCCUGAGGACAUUCGAAAUUGCACGCAAGAAGAUGGGCCUCGAAGACGACAAUGUCACUCCCACCAGUACCGUCACCGCCAAUUUGCCAAAGCUCCCUGAGGCUGGUGAAACCCGACCACCCCACAGCGCCGUCCCCAUCACCCGUUCCAAACUCUCCAUCAAUUCGCCUGUUUUCACUCCUACCUCUGCGAAGGAAACAAAGGACGAGGCUCCGGCUGCUGCUGCUAAUGGAGAAUCAGUUACUCCGGCGGCGGCGGAGGUAAAGGCUUGAGUAUGACGAGGACUAUUUUUCAUUUUCAUCAAGGCGUCGUAGUGUACGUUGAUUCGUACCGUUGCUUACUAUCAGUCUGCGGGAUCUCUAAUGUAUGCACCCUCACAAGACGACCUGUGGUCGUUUUGUUUUCUGACAACGAUGCGUUUGCUGUACGUUGAGUCUGCC